AUGUACUACCCCGUGUACAACCCCGUGUACUACCCCGUGUCCUACCCCGUGUACAACCCCGUGUACUACCCCGUGUACUACCCCGUGUACAACCCUGUGUACUACCCCGUGUCCUACCCCGUGUACAACCCUGUGUACUACCCCGUGUACUACCCCGUGUACUACCCCGUGUCCUACCCCGUGUACAACCCCGUGUACUACCCCAUGUACUACCCCGUGUACAACCCUGUGUACUACCCCGUGUCCUACCCCGUGUACAACCCUGUGUACUACCCCGUGUACUACCCCGUGUACAACCCUGUGUACUACCCCGUGUCCUACACCGUGUACAACCCUGUGUACUACCCCUACCCUGUGUACAACCCAGUGUGCUACCCCGUGUACUACCCUGUGUACUACCCCAUGUACUACCCCAUGUACUACCACGUGUACUACCCCAUGUACUACCCUGUGUACUACCCCGUGUACUGCCCUGUGUACUACCCCAUGUACUACCCCAUGUACUACGCUGUGCACUACCCUGUGCACUACCAUGUGUACAACCCUGUGUACUACCACGUGUACAACCCUGUGUACUACCCCGUGUAUAACCCUGUGUACUACCCCAUGUACUACCCUGUGUACUACUCUGUGUACUACCCCGUGUACAACCCCGUGUACUACCCCGUGUACUACCCUGUGUACUACCCCAUAUACUACCCCGUGUACUACCCUGUGUACAACCCCGUGUACAACCCUGUGGACUGCCAAUUCCCAAAGGUGGAGACUGUUGAAGAAGAAGGCUUCCUCACAUCUCCCCAGCCUCCUCAGAACCACCAGCCAAUUCUGCCCAAAAAGAAGGGCACAAUGGUUACAAUUCGGGACCCCAAAGUCAGAGUCAUUACAGUCAACGAGCUUCCUGGAGGAACAGCCAUGUAUCCACCCGACAGAGGGUUUCCACCUGAGGCUGUGUCUGUACCCCAACAUGUGUCUCCACCCGAACCUGUGUCUCCACCUGAACCUGUGUCUCCCCCCAAGCCUGUGUCUCCACAUGAGAGGCUGUGUCUGUACCCCAACAUGUGUCUCAAACCAAAACUGUAUCUCUGCCUGAACCUGUGUCUCCACCCGAACCUGCAACUUCCCCUGAACCUGUGCCUCCCCCGGAGACAAUGUCUCAACAGCACCCUGUGUCUCCACCUGAGACUCUGUCACCACCCCAACCCCACCUGGAUCUCUGCCCGAACUUGUCUCCCCCAAAGCCUGUGCCUCCACCUGAGACCAUGA